UCGUAGUGAGAAGCUAAUUACGCACGCAUACUUCAAGCGUGCAUGUACCUGUACCUGCCUUUGUUCUUUGGCUGCCUGGACGUAGAAUAUUCUUGACAAGUCUAUGAGUUUUUGGUGAAGGUGGAAUGUUGCUCUGGCUAAUGCUCCCUACCUAAGAACUGUUUGCCGCGUAGCUCGCCCCUUCUCUCAUAUCUACACUUGAAGACUAGACAUCCACAAAGGUGGGAGGGAUUUUGAAUAUUGUUGUUUAUUUGGAAUGAGCAGCUGUUGAAGUUCCCUCCACUGAAGACCAUGGAAAGAUGGCAGAAAGUAUUCUUCCUCAUGCUCCUGUGCUUUCUGAUUCACAUUCAAGGUCAAGGUGACUUCGAUUUAGCAGAUGCACUUGAUGAUACUGAUGAAAUUACAAGGAGACCUAACCCAGUUACUAAGAAACCAGGAUCAGGUAUUUACCCCAACCCCAAUCCACCCUAUCGUCCUCAACCUGGAAGCUAUAACAAUCCUGGAGGUAACAUUAAUGAUAUAGAUUUGGAUGAUGGACGCUCCCCACCCAGACCUAGACCUCGACCUCCAGCAGGAGGAGGUGGAUACCAUCCCAAUAAUUUUGGCAACACUCAUGGUAAAAGAGGAGGGGGCUAUAACUCCAAUUACAAUAACCAUGGAGGAGGGGGAUAUAAUCCCAGUUCUCAUUAUGGAAAUACUUAUGGUGGAGGAGGAUAUUCAGAUUAUGGAAACACACAUGGUGACUCAAUAGCUAGAAUUGUUUCUCCCAUUGUUUCUGUGGUUGUGGUAUCACUUAUUGGAGCAGCAACCAGCUAUUUUGCUUACAACCGGAGGAGAAACUGCUGCCGAACAAAUGAGACAGAGAAUGUCUGAAAGAGGCAGGAAUCUGUAAUGAAUUUCACAAGAACUGGAAAAAGAUGGGAGUGGACAUUUAUCGUGUAUGUUAUAUAGAUUUUUUUCUGUGUGUGCAAUGAGGACCCACCAACCUAUUAAAAGAAUUUUCUUCUCCUAAAACAUCUGAUUCACCUAAAUGAGAAUUCCAAAUUUCUUUAUAUAAUGAGGAUACAAGGAUAUUUAUCUGAAGUAUAAUGAAGCUUAAGAAAAAAAAAGUCUGAUUUAAUGGAUAUAUUAUUUAAUGUGGAAAUGAGAACUUGGACUCUGUUCCUCGUUCUUAGAAAACCUUUUAUAAUAAUGUAUAAAUGAUUUAACUCCAUUUCUUGUGUCAUGAUGCCUGACUAGCACAGUUUUAGGGGGAACAACUAUAGAUGCGCAUAGUUCCCCAAUCCAUAGACAUUUGGUGGCAGUGAAAAGAUGAAGAAGAUAGCCCAUUCCAAUGAUAUUUUUGUGGAGAAAGUCACCAGCACAAAUGAUAAGAGUUUUUAUUUCAACUGUUCACCUUAAUUACGAAUGAAAUUGAGUUACUUAUUUCCAACAUUGAUAGGAAAACCUGGAUACUGCACUGUCAGCAGAUAUUUCUGUGACUAUUAGGGAAUCCUUAGUAGGAGAAAACUAAAUAACCUUAUUAAAUUGAGAUUAUAAAUGCAAAGUGCUAAAAACAAAAUUCCUAGAGCAGUGAUUUUGAACCAUUGUUCCAUUCUUCUUAGGAUUUUUUUUUUAAAAUAAAAGCUAGACAUAGAGACUAUUUUGAGUCAUUAUAAUUUCUAGCUCUUUAAUUUGUUGCCAUAAGCGCUCAGAUUUAAUUCAAAUUGGUAUUCCACUUCCUUCAAUGGGAUACUUUUGUAUCAUCACAUGUAAAUUUUUAAAUGCUUUAAUCUUAGCAAUUAUAUUGAAAUGCUUAUAUAUGAAUGUGUGAUUUCCAUCACUAGAAUUCAAGCUCCUUCAGGGUGAAGAGUGUUUCUUUCCUUUUUCUUAUAUCCCUAGGACCCAACAUGGUGCCUGGUACUUCAAUGGUGCUUAAUAAUUAUUUUUAAUUGAUUAAUUAAUAAGACAUAUAUGACACCAGUUUCUGAAGGAAAACUAAAGAGAUGCUUAGUUAUUCAUGGCAGGUAUGCUCAGCAACAUUGAAAAAAAAUGGCAAAGAGCCUACUCCUUGGUUUAGUACAGUGGAAGAGCUAAAUUUUUCACAAGAUCUUAAAUUCAGAAAUGGACCAAAUCUGAUCCAGCUGCCACCUACUACCUUCACCUACAUAUUGUUUUGGGGGAAUGGGAAAGGGAAAUGCUUUGCUGUAAGUGUUUAUUAAUAAAUGAAACUUUAUGUAAUA